AAAAAAAAACAAGAUGGCAGCAGGUUCGGAUCACGGGCUGAAAGGAGUAGUUUGGAAAAGAGUAAAAGAAACAAUUAUUGCAGACUGCAGAAAAUCGAACGUAUGGAAGAUAUUGAUUCUGGACCCUUUCACCACAAAGCUCCUGUCAUCAUGCUGCAAGAUGUCCGAUCUGAUGUCAGAGAAAAUAACAAUUGUGGAGGACCUGUACAAAAGCAGAGAGCCUGUUCCAGAAAUGAAGGCCAUCUACUUCAUGCCACCAACUGCUAAGUGUGUGGAGGCCUUUAUUUCAGACUUCAAGACCAAACCCAAGUAUAAAGGAGCCUAUGUUUAUUUCACUGACUACUGUCCUGAUGACCUGUUCAACAAAAUGAAGCUGUACUGUGCAAAGUACAUACGUGUCUGUAAGGAAAUCAACAUAUCCUUCAUGCCGCAAGAGGCACAAGUGUUCACAUGUGAUAAUCCAGGGGCUUUCCAAAGCAUUUACAGUCCCAACAAUCAGGACAAACAGAAGACACUGGAGACACUGGCAGACCAGCUCGUCACACUCUGUGCCACGUUGGAUGAGUACCCAGGGGUCAGAUACAAGAAAGACAACAACAUGGAGAACGCCAAGAUCCUAGCAGAGCUGGUGGACAACAAGCUGGCCAGACACUACCAGCUGGAUGACAGUGGCAAGAAAAAGGGAAAGACCCAGGCCCAGCUGCUGAUAGUGGAAAGAGGUUUUGACCCGGUCAGCCCCAUCCUGCACGAGCUGACCUACCAGGCCAUGGCCUAUGACCUCAUUGAUAUCCAGAACGACACCUACAAGUAUAAGUCUAAAGAUGGCUCAGAGAAGCAGGCCCUGCUAAAUGAGGACGACAUGCUUUGGGUUAAACUGAGGCACAACCACAUUGCUGAAGUCUCAGCACAAAUCCCCAAGAUGGUGAAGGAAAUAUCUGCUAGCAAGAAACAGCCGGAUGGGAAGAUCACAAUUAGCCAUUUGGCCCAAAUGAUGAAGAAGAUGCCUUCAUUCCGUAAACAGCUGACUGAGAAAACCGUUCAUCUGCAGUUGGCCGAGGACUGCAUGCAUCAUUACUCAAACAAUGUGGAGAAACUCUGCAAAGCAGAACAGGACCUAGCAGUGGGGUCAGACGUGGACGGGGUGAAGGUGAAGGAUCCCAUGAGGACCCUGCUGCCUGUGCUGCUCCACCCAUACAGCACCCACGACAAGAUCAGAGCUGUGCUGCUCUACAUCUUCAGCCUCAACGGAACAACAGAUGAGAACUUAAGCAAACUCAUCCAACAUGUAAAGAUCGAGGAUGAACGAGAGUUUAUCCUGAACUGGAAACAACUGGGCGUCCCUAUCAUCACAUCAAGCUCCGGCUCUCGCAAACCCACCAGGCGGGAUCGUUCCCAGGAACAGACGUACAACCUUUCCAGGUGGACUCCUGUCAUAAAAGAUGUGAUGGAGGAUGCUGUGGAGAACAAACUGGACACCAAAGAAUGGCCCCACCAGUCUGAGUGUCCUGCUGCCUGGAAUGGCUCCGGAGCUGUCAGUGCCCGUCAGAAGCACAAAGCCAGCGCUCAGGACGAACGCCGGACCGGCUCACGCCUCAUCAUCUUUGUUAUAGGAGGAAUCUGCUUCUCUGAGAUGCGCUGUGCCUACGAGGUCACCCAGGCCGUCAAAUCCUGCGAGGUCAUCAUAGGGUCCACCCACAUUUUGACCCCCACCAGUCUCCUGGAUGACAUCAAGGCCCUGAGCAAGGGCCCGAUGGAGACUUUAACAAUAGAGGAAAGGAGCAAUGCCUGAGAAACUUGGCCCUCCAGCUAACCCCCCCGAUAUCUCAUAUCAUUCAGCACAGUGCACUCAAUUCAACUUCGUGAAUCGAAGACUGAAGGGAAUUUACCUUAUACUUAUCUUUAUGUUUUAAUACUCUUUUCAAACCUAAUUUACAGUUGCAGUAGGAAUGAGAACAAAUUCUCUUCUAAGCCUAUUUCAUUAUCGAAAAGCUUUUGCCCAGACUGUCUAACCUCGCCUCAGUGUGUGUGCCUUUGUCCUUAAGAAAAAUGCUGGCAGUGUUACAGUGUUACAUGUUGAAUGAGCUCUGAGAAACUCUCAGACACAGAAUGUUUGGAGGAAAAUAGCACAAAGCUAAUGUAUAUAUACUGUAUGUAAGUCCCUGCAAUGCCCUUUGACUUUGUCAGUCACUGCUGUUUAUAAACACUUAAUAUAAUUUUGAACAGUGUUUUUAAUAUAGAAUAUUUACGUUUUCCUUGAACAACUGACUAAUAAAUGGAUGAAGUGGU